GGAAACGAUCUUAAAACAACAUAAAAGUGACAAAACAACGUUUACGUUAAUGCGUAGCUGCGUUGGCCACAUUGCUGCCAUGGAAACGCACAGUUUGUAUGUAUAUGAUGGAGCCAGACGCGUGCAGCUGCUAUAAUGGGGCCAAAUAUUCAAGUGAAGGACAACCUUGGUUCAGGAGAGAGACAGGCGGUUAUAUCUGUCCUCAGAUAGAUAAACACCGGCACCAGAAUGAUUAAGCACACGUCGCGUGCUGCCAGGCGUGCCCUCUCUGCCGGGCUGCGCUGCUUCUCUGACAUUUCCGGCGGAGAACUAAUGGAAGAAGGGACAGCCGCUGCACAUCUCACCGAGCAGGCGUCCCUCUACGUACACUGGCCCUACUGUCUCAGGAGGUGCUCCUACUGCAACUUCAACAAAUACAUAUCCAGAGAGAACAAUGACCACAUAAUGAGAGAGUGCCUUCAGAGGGAGACUGAGACCCUGCUGCAGCUCAGUCAGGUAUCCUGCAUUACCUCAGUAUUUUUUGGGGGUGGGACUCCGAGCCUGGCUCACCCCUCGACCAUUGAUGCAGUGCUAGAAAGUGUUACCAGGCAGGCAAAUCUCUCAGACAAGGCCGAGGUCACGCUCGAGGUCAACCCUACUCCUGUGGGAAUGACAAAGUUAGAGGACUUCUGCCGUGCUGGGGUGAACCGUUUCUCCAUUGGGGUCCAGUCUUUGCAGGAUGAGGAUUUGAAAAUUCUGGGAAGAGACCACAGUUCUCAUCAGGCUUCGCAAACCAUCGAAGAGGCCAGGAGGCUGUGCCCCGGGAGGGUGUCGGUGGAUGUCAUGUUCGGACGGCCCAAACAGAGCGUUGAAUCCUGGGAGAAUGAGUUGUCUGAGCUGUUGCGGGUGUGUGAUGACCACGUGUCUCUGUACCAGCUGACCUUGGAGCGAGGCACCCAGCUGUUCAAACAGGUGCUGGGCGGAGAAGUGACCGUCCCCGCUGAAGAUGUGACAGCAGAGAUGUACCAGUGUGCCAGGAGGACUCUCCACCAGCACGGCUUUCAGCAGUACGAGGUGUCUAACUUUGCAAGACAUAACGCAGUGAGUCAUCAUAACAUGAGCUACUGGAAGGGAAGACAGUACAUCGGCGUCGGACCAGGAGCACACGGCCGGUUUGUCCUUCUGGGGGAGGGAGGUGUCGUUCGGGAGGCCCGGACCCAGACUCUGGAGCCUGACGUCUGGGCACGUGAAGUCCGGCAGAGGGGACAUGGGACACGGAGGCGGAUUCAGCUGGGCCACCUUGAACUAUUGGAGGAGGUGUUGGUGAUGGGAAUGAGAAUGACCGAGGGCAUUAAUCACAAGCACUGGGAGUCGUUUAGCCCUCGGCUGGGCCUCCGUGAAGUCUUCGGUACGUCCACCGACGUCCAAGAGUGGCUGCAGAGUGGACGACUCAUUCUUGAUGACAGAGGUCUGCGCUGCUCCUGGGAUGGACUGGCCUUAUUGGACAGCAUGCUGCCAGCUCUGCUGCUGGAGCUGCAAAGACAAAUCAGUCAGAGGCUACAAAGGGACCACCACCCUGAUGGACAAGCAAAGAAGACCUGCAGCCCACGAUGACACGAGUGUUAAUAGAGCAGGUACUGUCAGGGAAAGCUUGCUCAUGACAGGAUGCAACCCUUAUCUUACCCUGCUCAUAGGGAAAUAAAACAUGCCUUCUGACUUUUAUACUGACUCUGUAUUAUACUGUAUGAAGACAUGUUCAUGUUGGGUGACGCUCUGAACGAUAGAUAUUAAUAUAUUUUUAAAAGCCUCGAGGUCCUGUCAUGCAAUUAUUGCUGACGCAUUUCUCAUUCAGUCAUUUUACUGUCAUGUAAGCCUAAUUUUGACUCUCCCAGUGCGCAGGAAAUGGUUUGAGUCGAUGUGAAUGCCUUUUCACUGUGUGUCUGUAUUGAGAGUACAUGUGAUUUCUGCUUGUGAAUACACCCUCUGAAAAGGUGAAUGUAGCUCCACAUUCAAGCAGCCGCCAUGUUCAGAACACAAGAAAAGCCUUGCAUGCACAUCAUUAUUAUUGUAAUAUUUUGUAUUUAAAAUGAUUUUAUUGUUUAAUAUAUAAUAUUAAAAUCUCAGAAUUGAUGAGUUUGACCACAUGCAGUACUUCCAUUGUCUUUUCACUCUUGCUCAUCUCUGUACAUUCUUAUAUGAAAAUUCAGCUUUCUUUAAAUAGUCUUCUUUUGGAACAUAAAUAUUAAUAGAUACAUUAAUCCAUAUAUUAAUAUUAAUAUUCUUAAUGUUUAAUUAGGAGGUUCGUCUGAAAAUCUACCUUUAACUGAACAGAGUAAACAGCUGAAGUCAAAUAACAGUCACAGAGCUUUGUAAUUUGGUACUGCGGACUGGCAGAGACCGAGCGAUAGAGGCAGAGUUCCUUCCAGGAAAAUCCAUUUUAGGAUUUUUUUUUAAGAAAUUAUGCAACAUAAAAUCUAGUUCUACCAAGUUUUUCCUCAUUGAUUGUCAAUAAGUAGCACUUCAGUUUGGAUUUUUUCUGUGCUAUUCAAAGAUAUUUACCGACCCAUUCAGCAGCAAUACAGUUAAACACACUCCAGAAGUCAAAAUAAUAGAUCUUGCAGAACAGGAAGCGGUGAUCUUAGUAAACAUUAUUACUUCUGAAGUGCCUCUACAGCGAAAGAUAUGUUUUAU